CCCCCUCAGUUGGGACUGAGUCUGUCGGUGGCCCAGUUGCUGUACCACGGAGACGUGAUGUGGCUGAACCCAAACGAAGACCUGAGGGCUGCUAGAACCAGCUGGAAGAAAGGACAUGGACCUCUUGCAACCUGCUUUGUGUUUGCCUCUGCCGUUGUCCUGGUCUGUGUGGAGAAGAAACCAAAGAGAAAGAGCAGCAGCAAGAGUUUUGAGGUGGAGGUUGGAGUUGAGGACACAAAGUUCAAGAUUCUCUUACCUUCUGUCAACUGCUCUGUCCAUGACCUACCAGACUCUGAUGGUAAAUUCCUCCCAUUAACACGAUCUUACCCACUGCAAGAACUGGGAAAUUUAGCUGCCAUACAUCAUUAGAAAGUGCCAGUGGACUUAUAGGCACUUCAUGUAGGUAGUUUCAAUUUGCUAGUAGCAUCAGUGCCCAGGUUUGGUGUGUCUGUCUACAGGAGUGACUGACAUGUGGCAGUUGAAGUACAGACUGUCUCCUCUGUCCAGCUCAUCUCCCUCCCUCAUAUCUCCCCUUCACAC